AUGUCGUUCAAGACUCUCCUGCCGCUGCUGGCGCUUGCGGGCGCGGGGUUUGCAUGGCAGCACAAGACUGAGGCUGAAGUCCGCGAUGCCCUCAAGUCCAACGAUUUUAGCUUGGUAGCGUGUUACGACGCAAGCAAAGCCCUCGAGCAGCACUGGUCCGCCGUCGAGGAAGAGAUCCCGAGUGCCUUGUCCGUCGACUGCCUGGCCUCUCCUUCGCUAUGCGCCGAUCUCGACGUCGUCUCAUUCCCCGCCAUCCGACUGUAUCGCCAAGACGGCACGAAACACCACUUCCGCGGUCCUAGAAAGGCGUCCGAAAUCACCGCCUUUGUCCGCCGCAUGCUCCGCCCCGCCGUGACUCCCCUCGACAAGAAAUCUGUGACCUCCUUCCGUGACAACGACGAGGUUGUCAUGAUCGCGCACAUGGCCGAGUCAGAGACGAACCUGCGCGAGCGCUUUGCAGAUCUGGCCGAGCGGUACCGGGACCGCCACGCGUUCGGGCUGGCGACGGUCGACGAGACGCCGGGCCGGAUCGGGUGCUAUAACAAUGCCGAUGGGGCGUACCACAUGACCUCGGAGCUGGACGACGUCGACGCCAUGGAGAAUCUGCUGCGCAAGUGCGCCUCGCAGCUCGUGCCGCGGUUGACGCGCCGCAACGAGGCAGAGCAUCUGAGCACCGGCAAGUCGCUGACCUACUUCUUCUCGAAGAGCGAGGAGAGCCUGGACGCGUGGACAUCCGCCAUCAAGCCCCUGGCGCGCAAGUACCAUCAAUACAUCACCUUCGUGACGGUCGACCUCGGCGAGUAUCCGGAAAUGCCGGCCCUUUUUGGCCUGCCGGCAGACGCGAGCGAGGGUGUCGCUGUACAAAACCCGGCCGUCGGCCUGGCAUUCCCUUUCAAGGGGGAGAAGGUCACGGUGGAGGCUGUAGAACAGCUCAUCGUCGACAUCUCCGAGGGGAACGCCGAUGCUUGGCAGGUGGGCUCGCCGGCUUCAGAGGAGGAUGUCGAGGAGGAGGUCCCGUCGCAGGCAGGUGAGCCGGAAGUGCCAAAGGAGAGUGUGGGAAAGAAGCAGGAGGUAGUUCAGGAGGAGGAGAAGACCGAGGCUCCAGAGACCGGGGAGAAGAAGGCCAAGGCGCACGAUGAGCUGUGA